CGCUGGGCCGGCGUGGCGGGCGCGCGGACAGCGUUGACUGGCACUUCGGUUGGUGAGCGUGGGUGACAGCACGUGCGUCCCUCCUUGGUUUGGGGCGGGGUCGCAGACACCUGAACUCUGGGAUAGUGUGUUUCGUCUGUUGUAACACGAGCGCAGACCUUUCUCCCCUGUGGACCUCGGGUCUUGUGAGUGUCACGGUGUUUCCGGAAGUGCCAGCCCUGGAGAGACCCUCUGGGACCGCCUGGUGGCCCGGCCAACCUUCCCAUUUUAUGUAUGGGGAAACUGCGGCCUGGAGACUGAAGUCACUUGACCACGGUCACGUAGCCAGUGAAGGCCGAGCUGGUUCGUAGAACCAGGUCUGGAGCCCCAUUGCUUUGAUGCUACACGGUCCCAGACGGAAACGGUGGAACUUGCAGGCGAGGACCUAGCCUUCCAGGUGUGCCCCUGUGCUCAUCUGCAGUGUCGCUGGUCAGGUGACCCCACAUCCUUGAGCUUACCUCGUCUGCACAAGUGCUUCUCUGGGCCAGGUGUCAUGAAAGGGCUGCUGUCAAGAUGCAGAGCACUGCCUGUCCUGGCCACCUGCAGCCACCAGCUCUCUGGGUGUGGUCCUCACAGGUUUUACCACCGUGACCCCGAGACAGGGAAGCGCUUGGUGCUGUCUCGCAUGUUCCAGCCCCAGAACCUUCGGGAAGACCAGGUGUUGUCUCUUGAGGGCAGGUCUGGCGACCUGACGUGUAAGAGCCAGCGGCUGAUGCUGCAGGUGGGCCUGAUCCACCCGGCAGGCCCUGGCAGUUACCACCUCCUGCCGUAUACCGUGCGCGCCCUGGAGAAGCUCGAGCGGCUGAUAGACCAGGAGAUGCAGGCCAUCGGAGGGCAGAAGGUCAACAUGCCCAGCCUCAGCCCAGCGGAGCUCUGGCGAGCCACCAGCCGCUGGGACCUCAUGGGCAAGGAGCUGCUAAGACUCAGAGACAGACACGGCAAGGAGUACUGCUUAGGACCCACUCAUGAGGAAGCCAUCACAGCCCUAGUCGCCUCCCAGAAGACAGUGUCUUACAAGCAGCUCCCAUUCCUGCUGUACCAGGUGACAAGGAAGUUUCGGGAUGAGCCCAGGCCCCGCUUCGGUCUUCUCCGCGGCCGGGAGUUUUACAUGAAGGACAUGUACAGCUUCGACGCCUCCCCAGAGGCCGCCCGGCUUACCUACGGCCUAGUGGGCAAGGCCUAUGGCAGCCUGUUCCGCAGACUGGGGCUGCAGUGCGUCAGGGUGCAGGCGGACGUGGGCAGCAUCGGGGGCACCACGUCUCACGAGUUCCAGCUGCCGGCUGACAUCGGGGAGGACCGGUUUGCUGUGUGUCCUGGCUGCGGCUUCUCGGCCAACAUGGAGACGUUGCGCAUGUCGCACACCGACUGCCCGGCCUGCCGGGGCCCGCUCACCGAGGCCAGAGGCAUCGAGGUGGGGCACACGUUUCACCUGGGCACCAGAUACUCCUCCAUUUUCAACGCCCAGUUCACCGACGCCCAGGGCAAGCCAUGCCUGGCCGAGAUGGGCUGCUACGGCCUGGGCAUGACGCGGAUCCUGGCCGCCGCCAUCGAAGUGCUGUCCACAGAGGACUGCAUUCGCUGGCCAGGGCUCCUGGCGCCUUAUCAGGUGUGCCUCAUUCCCCCAAAGAAGGGCAGUAAGGAAGAGGCGGCCGCCGAGCUUGCAGGCCACCUGUACGACCUUAUCACAGAGACGCUGCCGCAGCUCCGCGGGGAAGUCCUGCUCGACGACAGGACCCAUCGGACUAUUGGAAACAGACUGAAAGAUGCCAACAAGUUUGGCUACCCCUUUGUGAUCAUCGCAGGCAAGAGGGCCCUGGAGGACCCGGCACAUUUUGAAGUUUGGAGCCAGAACACCGGUGAGGUGGUCUUCCUCACCAGAGAGGGCGUCACGGAAUUUCUGAGCCAAGUGCAGGUUGUCUGAAAGCCCCGAGCCACCCCCACCCCAUCCUGCAGCCUCCGGUGUUCACUCUCUUCACUCUCGGGCUGCCAUUUCCUACACUCCCAGGGCGGGUCUCUCUAGAAACAAGGCAGCUCAUGGAAGGAGGGAGCAUGCUAAGGAAGCUGACUUUUAUCCAGUCCUUUUAGACUGUCUGUAUUUCAGGUCUGUGAUUCCAUUCUCUGGGCUGGCCAUGCUGCCAGUUUCCAUUUGUCUUCUCUUCUGGUGAGGAGGCAGAGGGGCAAGAAAGAGCUGCUCCUCUCGGCCCUUCAGUGAGUCACUUCCCUUCUCUUGGCCAAGUUUCCCAUGCGGAGGGUGAGGGUGGCCAGUGGCCAAGGCCCUCCCAGCUCCGGCAGUCUGACCCCUGGCCUCCUGAUGCAUUUGAAGAGCAGGCCCACCAGCCCUCCUCCACUGGACAUGUCUCUUCCCCUGCUGGGGCCUCAGAUUCCCCAUCUGUGACAUGAGAAAAUGGAACUAGAUCUGUAAAGUCCUUACAGCUGUCACCAGUGGGUUCAUAAGAGGUUCACGACAGGCAGAUCUGGUUCCUCUGAUCUUCCAUAGUCUAAGCUACAUGGAAAGUUGAUAGAAUUAGCUACUGGCCCAAAAAACCACCUCCAGAGACCUGGCCAUAUUGAGGCGGCAUAGCACAGAGAUCAGGUUCUGUUGACUGAAUGAGCCUUGCCUGUCAGUGAAUGGUGGUAACACCUGCCAUUUUAACUGUGCAGUGGCUUCCUACCUGGGACUCGUCUGUCCUUUCUUCUACUCUUUCUACACUCCACUCAAAAACAAAAAGAAGCCUACCUUUGGUGGCUGGGAAUAUGUUUGAAACCAUUUCUUCCCCCAGAUGUGAGGGAUAGCAGGCUUCAGGUAUCACAGUGAGCUUGUCCUGGGAGCAGAGUUUGCUCCUCAAGCCACACCAGGGGGCACAUAUCAAGGUCUCUGCCUGAAUUCUCUGGAAAACUAGGAUCAGACUUGAGCCAUCCCAGCAUACUGCAAUUCUUGUCUUAGCCAGUUGUCCCACUUGUCAAACAGCUUCCCAGCAGUUUACCGCUACUGCUGUUACUGCUCGAGUAAUCCACGCCCAAGCACACACCAUCAGGUUUGUUGAUGUACAUGCCAAGUGCUGAUGGGCCCCAGGCCUACCAGUGGUGCUCUGGGCCUGGCAUUUGGGCCAGGAGAUGUGCAUUCCAAGAGCAAACCUAGAAAGGCUGGAUUAUAAAUCAGGGACCUUCCCCUGGGCUGCACUUUGGUCCCACCCAGUUCAGGUUAGGGUCUGGGUGUGGCGUGGGUGUUGUGCAUUUUAAAGCUCUGUAAAUGAUUCUGAAGCGCCUGUGCACAGAGUUGAUUCACGGUUCCCAGGCCUGGGCCGUCCCUGAGCGGCUUUGUGGCUGAGAGUUUUGAGUCAUUUGCUCUGUACAUUAUCGGACUGAUGGGAGCUCUCUGCUUUUAACGAUUUGCUCAUUUAUUUGUUCAGGGCCUGCCACAUACCACUGUGCUGUGAGGCACUGUCGUGUAUCAUUUUCGUACUCUAAACUGUGCAAGGUGGGUGCUGUUUUUACGGAAGAGGCACCUGAAGCACCUUACUCGAGGGUGUACAGCUCCAAAGUAUCAGAGCCAACAUCCGAAGACUGACCAACACUGAUUCCAUUCUCAUUACAACUGCAUGGCCUCCACCAAGACAAAAGUACUUUCACUAAAUAAAACUGAAUUAUUUAUGUCUAUCUAAUCAAAUUAGCCUCAAAUAGACAAGCACUUAGAAUUUGUGCAAAUUGGCAUUUAAAUAUUUUUAAAUAUUUAAUUAAUUCUUACUGAUGUUUGGUUGAUACAUGGAGUUACAUUCAUUUAGGUAUGUAACACAGUGAUUGAGUAACUACUUUAAGCGAUACUCACAGUAUACUCCCAUCUGUCACCCUACACUAUUAUAAUACCAUUGACUAUAUUCCCUGUGCUGUACCUUUUAUCCCUGUGUCCUGUUCGUUCCAUAACAGGAAGCCUCUACCUCCCACUCCCCUUUUUGUAAUUGUGAAUUUGUGCUCCAUCAGCUGAUUUAUGGAAGUUGGAAAGCUAGCCUAAUGUAAGCACUUUAAAAAAUCAGAUUUCAGGGGGCGCCUGGGUGGCUCAGUGGGUUGAGCCUCUGCCUUCAGCUCAGGUCAUGAUCCCAGGGUCCUGGGAUCGAGCCCCACAUUGGGCUCUCUGCUUGGCAGGGAGCCUGCUUCCCCCUCUAUCUCUGCCUGCCUCUUUACCUGCUUGUGAUCUCUGUCUGUCAAAUAAAUAAAUAAAGUCUUUAAAAAAAAAUCAGAUUUCAGGAAUAGAGAACCAAUUAACUUUAAAAUCUUCAUAAAUGUGCAAGUUACAGAAUAAUUCGAGGAUGAUACAGAAUCAUGGAAGUUUAGAACAGGAGGACUUGGAGCCCCGCCUGUCCACCCCUCAUUUCACAGAUGGGAAGCAGGCCUGGAGUGGGAAUUAACCUGCCGCACACCAUCUGACUGGCAGAACACCUGACUGCAGGCCAAGAGCUUUGUCCCUAAAUCAGGCUACCUCUGGUUGAUCUUGUUGCAAGAGAUGUCUGUGCCAGAUCGGCCUCUGGACUACAAAAGCCUUGGACAUGUGAAAUAGGUACCAUCCUUUAUUUUCCAAGGGAGAGAAAUACAGGGAGUACAGUGACUGGCCCAAGGGCAAGCUGAACGGAAACCCACGUGUCCUGAUGACUAAGCCAGGGUGUCUUCUAAGAAGCCAGGGUCAGUACGCUAUGGUGGGAAGAUCAGAACCUGGAAGAGACAUAAUCCUAGAUCCACUGCCACUUGCCAGGGAUGUGACCUUAGACAAAUUACUUGCCCUUUAUGCAUCUCAGCUUCAUCUGUAAGAUGCGUUCAUGGCAGUGCACUUCCCAGGGGGUUGCCUGCAUUCACUUAAGUGAAAUGCUUAACCCGGUGCACUCAGGAAACACAUCCUUCAUAAACCGGACGACUUAGGAAAGGCCACCACGGGGAGCUCGGGGUCUGCUGGUAACAUAUCUCAAGACCUGCAUCUAGUUUUCUUGAUGUGAUGCUUUAUAACCUUCCUGCGGAGGGCCACAUGCAAGAACUAAGUGACGCCUAUAGAAUGGCUCCAUCUCCUUAGAGGAAAGAAAUAUUCAGACCAUGUACCUUACUUGCUCUCUCCUAUUUGGUGGAAUUUGCCAAUGUUACCUCUUGCCAUACUGAUGAAAGGGGGAUGCUGGCAAAAUAACAGGCAUAAGAUGUAUUAUCAUUGCUCAUUCCUUGGGGAGAUCUAGAAGCAACUGGCCAGGAAAUAUUUAGCAGAAUUAAUACUUGGGGACAAAAGCUGGUGCAUAACAAAACCACUGUGUAAAUCAAGCCUAGAAUGUAAAUCAAGGGCUUCAUUAAUAUUCUGUGUUUUAAUGGAAGAAACACCUGCUGGGCUAUCAAUAAAGGCAUUUUGCAGAAA